GGUAUGUUUAUAGUCUUUGUUAUUUUGAAUUGUGAAGUUGUGAGUUGAGAGAAUUUGCUUUGAAUUGUAUUCAAAGCUUCAAAUUUUCAACAAUGACUUCACGAAAGCGUUGCUACAAUGGAUUAAAAAAUGCAAAACAACAUAUGAUAUUAUUUUUCAUUUUAUUCGGCGUACUUUGUGGAUUUUUACUCGGUUCUUUAUUACAUGGCAAUGUUCAGUCGUCCAUAGAUCCAACACCGAAGGAAUAUGCAAUGUACGUGUCGUUUCUUGGUGAGAUUUGGGUGAGAGCAUUAAGACUUUUGGUUCUUCCUUUGAUUGUAUCCAGCUUGCUUUUGGCAGUCGCUGAAUUGGAGUCAAAACAGAGCGGAAAAUUAGGAAGAAGAACAUUGCUGUAUUAUCUUAUGACUACAAUGUUGGCUGCCAUUUUGGGGAGUAUUUUAGUUAUUUGUAUCAAACCUGGAAAUGUCAACGUGAAAAAAAAUGAACCGAACGAAAAAAAUGUUGAACCGAUACAUUCUGUGCUUGACCUAAUAAGAAACAUGUUUCCUGAUAAUUUAAUCCAAGCGGCUUUUUCAUCGGUGAAGACGAAGUAUAAAACUGUGAAGUCUCCCUGCUGUUUUAACGAAACUUCCGUUGGUUCAAAUUCAUCAGCUGAAGAGAUGUUUAAUCUUUUUUCUUCAAAAGUAGUCAGUCCUUGGUUGACGGAAGGAAAGAAUGCCAUCGAAAUCAAAAUCAACGUUAAAUACGAGUUCGAUGGCAUCGAAAAGACGUCUGGAACAAAUAUGUUGGGUUUAGUGGUGUUUUCCGUUCUUUUUGGUUACAUCUUAGGCGGCUUGGGUGAAAACGGCAAGCUUAUGAUUGAUUUCUUCAAAAUUCUCUUUGACGUCAUCAUGAAUUUGGUUACCAUGGUGAUAUGGUUAUCGCCUGUCGGAAUCUGUAGCAUGGUUGCUGGUGCCAUGGUUAAUGCGGUCGAUAUUACUGGUGUCUUCAAGUCCUUGGCUCUUUACAUUGGAACAUGCGUCACUGGAUUGGUUAUUCAUGCUUUUAUCUUUUAUCCUAUUUUGUAUUUCAUUUUUACUCGAAAAAAUCCUUUGAAAUUCUUUUCUGGAAUGAUAACACCAAUGGUGACGGCGUUUGGGACUUCAUCAAGCGCUGCAACUCUUCCUGUGACCAUCUCAAGCAUGGAGAAGAAUAACAAAAUCAGUACGAAAAUCUCGAGAUUUGUGCUUCCUCUCGGAGCGACGCUCAAUAUGGACGGUAGUGCUUUAUAUGAAGCAGUUACCGCCAUGUAUGUUGCUCAAUUGAACAAUUAUGAACUGACGUUUGGACGAAUUCUUUUGAUAUGUAUUGUUGCAACGUUCGUAUCGACAGGCGCUGCGGGCACUCCCGCUGGUGGUCUUGUUUAUAUUAUAAUUGUUUUGGAAGCUUGUGGCUUACCGACUGAGGACAUUGGACCUACACUUGCUGUUGAAUGGUUUCUUGAUCGCGUACGUACAGCUGUUAAUGUUAUGGGAGAUUGCUACUGCGCAGGCGUAAUGGCACAUUGUUUCCGGAACGAGCUGGAUGGAGAGAGGCCUGAGGACGAAACACAGUUCGUUAUUGAGAACGAAGGUACGAUUGAAACGACCACAACGUUUUGAAAGAAUUGACUGGAGACGACUGGUUCGUCUUACAUGACGUUUUCGUGCUCAACCAAAGAAUUUGACGACCGUCUUUUCAUAAGAACGUUAGAAAUAAAAACAUUUUUUUUUCAAAAUAAGAACAAAGUUCGUGGCGAGCGAGAUAUCCACUCGAAGAAACUCGUAAUUUAUUUCUAAUAUCUGGUAAUAUUUUCUAUACACUUCGUCAAACGAUUCUUAAGUAAUUUUUCUAUCAUCUAAAAUAAGCAUCUUUUUAAUACGGCGCCGUCUGCAAUGGAACUCUGGGAUUUUUGCUUUCCGAAAUCCACGACUGACCACGUGACAAUGGCAAAUCUUGCUCGGACGAGAAAAUACUCGGAAAUCUAAAAAACGUAAAAAACAUUUACGAAUUCAGGGAAGUUCUCAGAUUUUAGUUUCUAAAUGAGAGCAGUGUUAGUAAAAAAGUUCUAGGCAACAAUUCAGGGGCAGGUUGUUCAAAGCUUGGAAAGCGUGAUCCAUUGGAUAGUAAAUUUUUCUAACUUGUGAAAAAGUCCUUUUAUUAUAGCCAAGUUUUAUCAUUUA